ACGUAAUCGUUGCACAUUUGAUUCCUCUGACAUAUUCAUUGUCUGUAUUUUUAUUAUAUUAUUCUUUCAUAACAACCUAUAAAUCCAUUAUGAGCAUUUGCUGAUUAAUAAUUUAACAAAAAAAUAUGAAUUAUCACGAAGAGCAAUGCAACGAAAUAGAGGCUUUAGAAUCUAUUUACUAUGGGGACCUGGAAAUUCUAGAUAAAGAACCUUUUCACAAAUUCAAAGUACCUAUAAAAUCUGAGGAAUACACAGCUGAGUCACCUGAAGGAUUAGCUUGUUCACUUAUAUUUACCUACACCAAAACUUAUCCUGAUACACCUCCAGAAAUAGAAAUAGAAGAUACUGAAAAUUUUGAAGAUGUUGAUGAAAAUGAACUUAAACAACAUAUGUUAGAAGAGGCAAAUAAUAAUUUAGGUAUGGUAAUGAUUUUUACCUUAGUAUCAACCGGUCAAGAAUGGCUUAAUGUUCAAUGGGAUAAUUUAAAAAAAGAACGUGAAGAAGGAAUUAUAAGAAAACGAGAAGCAGAAGAAGAAGCAGAAAGAAAAAGAUUUGAAGGAACACGUGUGACCGUAGAAACUUUCCUAAAGUGGAGAACAGCCUUUGAAUUAGAUACAGGCAUAACCAGUAAACGAGAUAAAGAUUUAAAAGACAGUAAAAAACUUACAGGAAAAGAGCUAUUCUUAAGAGAUACCACUCUUAAUGAAUCUGAUCUCAAAUUUCUGGAAGAAGGUGCUGAUUUUGUUAAAGUUGAUGAAUCCCUAUUCCAAAAUCUUGAUGAUUUGGAUUUAGAUGAUGACGAUGAUGAUGAUGAAGAUUAUGUACCUGGAGACAGUGAUGAAUCAUAAUUUAAGAUGCAUUUAAAAGAUUCAAAUAAUUUGUUAAACUGUAUCAUGUCAAUCAUAAAAUAUGUUACAUUGAACAUAAAUCUCUUUGAGUUUGCUGCUGUACAAUAAGAAUAUGAACGAAAUAA